AUGCGGUCUUCGACAGCAUAUUCUCGUGGAACAACAGACGAUGUGCCCAUGUCGCGAGUCAAGUUCAAUGCCAACACUGAGUAUGCAUACCUGCAGAACUUCAAGGUAUUACAGAACACGUUCGCCAAGCACCAGAUCGACAAGCCCAUCCGCGUCGAGUCGCUCGUAAAGUGCAAGAUGCAGGACAACCUCGAGUUCCUCCAAUUCGUCAAGCAGUACUGGGACCAGCACUUCCCAGGCCACGAAUACGACCCCGUUGCCCGCCGCAAGGGCCAGGGCGGCGUCGCCACUGGAGCCGCAGCACCCCGCGCCGCUGCCUCGACCGCCCGACGAGCACCCGCUGCCUCCAACACGGCCGCACCGCGUACCCGCACACCCCUGGCGUCUGGCGGAGGAGCCGCGAGCGCCGCCCUGCGCGAGGAAAACACGGCGCUCAAGGAGACGGUGACGGGCCUGGAGCGCGAGCGCGACUUUUACUUUAGCAAGCUGCGCGACAUUGAGCUGUUGAUUCAGCAGGCCAUGGAAGCGGAUCCAGAGCUUGAAAAGGACGAGGGCUUGCUCAAGCAGAUUCAAAACAUACUCUACUCCACCGAGGAGGGCUUCGAGAUCCCGCCCGAGGCCGAGGGCGCCGAGGAGGAGACGUUUUAG